UCCAAGAUUCCCAGGCGGGAUGGAGGCAGCCUCCGGCCUCUCCACCACCUAGUUGAGGACACAGCUUCUGCAGAUCAGGUCACUGAGGACCCUGCAAGACUGGUCCCAAGAUCGAAGGCUCUUGGCCCUGUCCCUGACUUUUAGGCAGUUUAGUUCCCCGAGAGAGCAGAUUAAAUCAUCUACCAACAAAAUAAAUCAUCAGGCAUAGCUUUUAUUAAUGUAAAACUCUACAGUUUUUUUUUUUUUUUUUGCCAAAACGUUUCUGAACACUAGCGCUGGAAAUAGAGCCCCCCAGAAUGCCAAAGCUAGGAGACAAAUGCCAAAGCUUCUAGUCUGCUCUUCUCAUUUUACAGAUGAAGUCUGAGGAUUUGGGGGUUGAUUCUCGAGGAGGCCCUUUUAGAAUUCUUCCGGGUCAUCUCAGGUGCUGUAAGGAAACCUGGUGCUCGGCGGAAACAGGAAUGCCAGCCUCAGCCAGGGAGGGAGGCUGAGGAGGAAGUGUGCAGCAUCUGGGUUCUCUGUGAGAUGCGCCCGGCGGUGUGCCCCCAGCUGUGCUGGAAGAGGCCUGGAACAGGAAGUGCUCAGAACCUUCUCUGAUGUUGCCACGGUGCCCAUAUCCCGGGAAACCAAAGGCAAGCUCCCCGGACAAAGCACCUUGGCCCAGAAGAAGAAAAGGGUGAGCCCCAAAUGUCAUAAAUACGCUCAGGAUUGAGACUCAGAAGGUGAACAGCCCCCAGCGAUCCUGUAAUUCAGAGACAGAUGCAACCUGGGUGCCUCCAUUCGAGAAGCUUCCCUUGUAGACGCACCCGUGGUGGAUGAGGAGCUUCAGAACAGUGCUCUUUCCCCCGCCCUGUGCAUGAUCACCAGUAUCGUUCACGAAGAUGAAUCCGCGCAGAUCUCGGCUGGAACGCAGGAUAGCUGGCUCAACGAACCGGUGGCGUUUCCCCAGACAGCAGUUCCCCGGAGGCCUGCUGGCACUUUCUCAGACAAGCAAGUCUUUGAACGUAGACUUUGACGAAGCUCUGAAGAACCCAGACAGGCUUUGCAUUUCACACAUUCAGAAAACUUUCUCCAAGAAUUUGCAGAGCAAGACCAUCCGAAGCGGGGAGGCAGAUGUGAUCCUCGAGUGCCUGGGCUUCAGGUGGGAACUCCAUCAGCCCCAGCUUUUCCAGUCCGAGACCUUGGCCAACCUUUACCUGUUGGCCCUGGCACGGGGUACCACGAGCCCACUGAAAGAGCUGGAGAAGAUUCUGCGAGCUCGGUCGCCUGAGAAAGUCAAAGAAAGAACCCCAGUAAAGAAGAUCAUCAUUUCCUUGAAGGUCAAUGACCCCCUGGUCACUGAAGUCGCCUUCGCCACGGCCCUGAAGAACCUCUACAUGAGCGAGGUGAAGAUGGACAUGGACGACGUGCUGGGGGUCCUGGCUUCCGCUCACAUUCUCAAGUUCAGCAGCCUGUUUCAGAGGUGUGUGGCCAUGAUGAUGAGCAGACUCACGCCAAGCACCAUCAAGAACUUUUACCUGGCCGGCUGCAAGUACAAGGAGGAGGAGCUCACCACCGCCUGCGAGAAGUGGCUGGAAAUGAACUUAGUCCCUCUGGUGGGGACACAGAUCCACCUCCGCAAAAUCCCGCAGGAGCUGCUCCACAAAGUGCUGAAGUCCCCCAGCUUCCCCAAGAACUGCUCCUUUCUGGAUCGGGACACAGGCCAGAGCUUGAGGCCGCUCUUCCUGUGCCUGCACCUGCACGGCAUCACCAAAGGCAAGGAUCUGGAGGAGUUAAAGCACAUUAACCUCUUCUCGGAGUCCUGGCUGGUCAGAGUCAUGGCCAACCAUUACCACGCACUGGAGAAUGGGGGUGACAUGGCCCAUGUGAAAGAUCUUACCACCCAGUCUGUGAGAUUUGGGCUGCUCUUUAACAAGGAGUAUACAACUUAUUCAGAAAUGAUUGCCAUAUACGGAUUCUUCUUUGAAAUAAAGGGAAUCAAACAUGAUACUACCUCUUACAGUUUUUACAUGCAGAGAGUAAAGCACACGGACUUGGAGUGUCCCUCCUCGGCCUGCGAGCAAGGGCCCGUUAGCCUGAGAGCAGAACGUUUGGUGACAUAUGAGAUCAGAGCCCAGGCCCUGGUGGACAGCAGGUGGCAGGAGUUCGGGACGAGCCACAUCACACAGAAGUUCGGGUUUGUCAAGCCAUCCCGCAAGAGCCGUGUGUUAAAAGUCCAAACUGUGGGUAUCCCAGUCUAUGCAAGUUUCUCAUUCAUCUUCCCAGUAUCUUGACAGUUCCAGAAGAAUCUACAGGAUUUUUUUUUCUGUCACCAGUGUGCAUUAAAGAAAAUAAAAUGAUAUGAAGGGGACUACUCAAGUAUUCAGCUGACUUUCUUGGUUCGAAUGGUCUCAUUAGAACUUUUGCCCCCUGUCUUAGUACAUUUGGGAUGCUAUAACAAAAUACCUCAGACUGGGGUGGUUUAUAAAGAACAGAAAUUUAUUACGGUUCUGGAGGCUGGAGUCCAAGAACAAGAUGGUGGUGGAUUCAGAUGCCUGGUGAGAGCCCUCUUCCUGGUGUGUAGACAGGUGUCUUCUCGCUGUGUCCUCACAUGGUGGGGGGCACGAGGGGGCUCUC